UUCACCGUAGUCCUGUCGAGAACACAACAAUGCAGAAGGAGUUCAUGCCAUAUUGGAACCUCACUGUCACAGUGCUGAGAGGGAAAUUCAAUCAGUCACAGGACCUGUUGACACAGUGUGACUGCUACGUUGUCUUGAAAUUACCUACGGCCUGCGCCUGCUCUCAUCGAACCAAGACUAUCACAAACAAUGAUGUUCCAGAAUGGAAUGAAACCUUCCGUUUCCGAGUACACACUGGUGUCAAGAAUAUUCUGGAGUUCAACAUUUAUGAUGCGGACAGCCUUACGAGUGACGACUGCUGUUCUACCAUCCUGUUUGAUAUCAGCAACCUCACACUUGGACAAAAGCUGACAAAGUGCUUCUAUUCAGAUGAUAAGACAAAGAAUGAGCUGUGGGUGGAGUUAAAGGUGACAGAGAGUUCUGAGAGUCCUGUGCAAUACCUUUCCAAUGGAGUGUUGAUGGCAGGUCCAUUGUGUGCAUUAGACGUGAAGGCAGAAAAACGAAAUACUAAUGUGAAUAACCUGCUGUUAAAACUGAGAGGUGCGUUUAAGGAGGACUUUUUGAUCUCAGGCCCUGAGGAAAAUCCCACUUUCUCACAAACUAUGCGCUAUUACAUCAACCGAGACCUGGAGACUGAAUUUAGUCUCAUGCCAUCACAGGACUUGACAGAAGUGGAUGGUGCAAAUGUGAAUGCUGUAGAACCCCUGUCCUCUGUUUCUAUUAGACCAAUACCAGUCAAAAAAAAGAUCAAACUCUCUUUGCCUGUUGGAGAGGGUACCAUAGAUCUGCAAGUAAAGACAGAGGACCGGUCUAGGGAAGACAUGAAUGUACGUCUUGAUUUUGAUAUCCCGAAUGAGGAAAAAACUUUCCUGGUAAAAAGGAGAAAAGUUGUGUCACAAGCUCUACAGAGUUCUCUGAAACUCACCUCUCCCCCUGAACCCAGCAAGGUGCCAGUGGUGGCUGUGGUGUGUUCUGGAGGUGGGUCGAGGGCAAUGACGGGCACAUAUGGAAGUCUUAGGGGACUACAGAAGCUCCAGCUUCUUGAUGCUGUCACCUACAUCACAGGAGUUUCUGGUUCUACCUGGGCUUUGGCAUCUCUUUAUGGUGAUGCUGACUGGUCAAGCAGUGAUCUGAAUGUGACUAUGGAGUCUGUGAAAAAGGAGAUCUCUAAAAGUGUGUUCAGUUUAUUUUCACUAGAGCAGCUACGACUCUACAGGGAAAAGAUGGAAGAGAAAGAAAAACAAGGACAUCUCGUCUCUCUCAUCGACAUGUGGGGUCUGGUUAUUGAGUAUCUCAUCCAAGGGAAGAAAAAAAUGGUUAAACUCUCUGAACAGCAGAAGGCCCUCUUAAAGGGCCAGAACCCACUUCCAAUCUACACAGCUCUCAACAUGAAGAAUGGCAAGACUGGAUCUACAGUAGAGUCUGAAUGGUGUGAAUUCACGCCGUAUGAGGUUGGAUUUCUCAAGUAUGGAGCCUUCAUACCUGCACGGAACUUUGGGAGUGAAUAUUAUCUUGGUCACAUGGUCAGGAAACUCCCUGAAACUGGGAUGUUUACUCUAUUGGGAACGUGGAGCAGUGCUUUCUCUCUGAGUUUGACUCAGAUUUGGGGUACUGUCACUGGAGUCAUUCCAUCCUGGGCUAAAAAGAUUGGAGAAGAUGUGAAGCAGACAGACACGGAUGAUAAAGCGUCAACGCUUGACACGCUUCAUGUCAGUCCUAUGACUGAACUGGCAAAGAGGAUGAGCAACUUUCUGACCGGCCGCCCCAUUAUCAGUCAAGUGCACAAUUUUAUGAGAGGAUUCCUCCUGCACAGGAACUACAGUCAGAACAGUGACUUUUCGGCAGAUGAUGAAACCCAUCCAGAUGCUUUCCCUAACUCUCUGACACCAGCAGACCCCACCAUCGGCCUUGUAGAUGCUGGUGCUUUACUCAAUUUGGCAUUUCCUCCAGUGCUUCGCCCUAAGAGACGUGCAGAUGUUAUUCUAUCUCUGAACAACACUUGGAAUGUGGACCCCUUCAAGAUCCUGAAGCAAACUCAGGAGUACUGCAGUAAACACAAGAUUCCAUUUCCAAAGAUCGAUUUCAAAAAGUUGGAGUCAGAGCCAAUGAAGGAAAUUUAUGUGUUUGAGGAAAAAGAAAAUCCAGAGGCUCCCAUAGUGCUUCACUUUCCCCUGAUCAACAUCACAUUCAAACAGUUCAAGGCUCCUGGAGUGAAGAGAGAGGGUAUGACUGAGAUGAAGGAUGGAGAUUUUGACAUUGACUACACCAGUGUCACGAGUCCGUUUGCUACCUCCAGACUGACUUAUACACCUGAGGACUUCCAGAAAUUGGCCGACCUCACCACCUACAACAUUGUUAACAACAAAGACAUAAUUUUAAACGCACUGAACAAAGCUAUUAGAAAAACAUGAAGUGAUUCCAAAUUCCAAUGUCAGAGAGAUUUAUCCUUGGAUUUGAAGUAGAUUUAAAAUACGCUGUGUUAAAUAUGUGCGAUUAAUAAAGGUUUAUUUAUAUUCA